AUGAAGUUACACUAUCUUCAUAAACAUAAUUUGAAUUAUAUGACCAGAAAUUAUUAUUCAAGAAGUCCUCCAACUUAUCAUGUUUACACAAGUGACCUAAUUAAGCCCUGCACAUUUCCGGAUUAUGACACUCAUUCUAUCGUUUCAAAUGAUCCUGUCGGAGAAGAGUCAUUAGAGACGGCGCUAAUUCCAUUGAAAAUUUGGCUUGAAAUAGAACCUAAUUUGACAGAAGAUCGUUGGGUUCAAUCACUUUUGUCCGUUUCGUUGCAACUCACAUUUCAGAGUCGUAUCGCCGAAUUGUUCGGUGGUACCAUCGAUUUGGUGCAAUUAAAUUGCUCGACUAUUGAAUAUUAG